UCAGUCACAAACUUGAUAUUGAAAGGCAACAUUCAUACAAGUACCUUGUGAGUAUGAAGGUUUUAUUACUCAUCAUUUUAUCAACUUUUGCAAGCGAAAUUGCUUCAGAUCACGGACCUCACGAGCCUGAGAAAUGUUGUACAAUUGUUUCAAGUUGUCUAUAUAAAAGGAAUGGUGAAUUGAAGGUAGCAAAACUUGAUGAAUGUCCCGUUGCUCCUUGCUGUGGAUUAAAUCAAGAUUUGGUUACGAGAGGUGAAAAAUGCUGUUGUGAAGGCGACAAUUCCUAUUAUCUUGAUAGACCUGACCCGGAUUCACCUGGACCUGAAAAUCUUGGAAUGUGUAUAACGAACGAAAGCGGACUUGUAACUGGAGGAUAUUCAGAUCCAUGCCCUAGUGUGUCUACAUGUGCUGUGAAUUAUGUCAUGGCUUAUGGUAUCAACCCCAAUACUGGUCUAACUGAUAAAUGUUGCUGCGUUGCUAAAGACGACAAGGACUCAAUCCACUUUGACUAAUAAAUUUGAAAAGAUUUUCACUGUCCACAAUCUUGUUAAUUUUUUAUGCUAUUAGUAUAAAAAGUUUUGAAAUAAAAAUUAUAUAUCAGCAAGAAAUUGGACAUUUUGAAUGUUUUUCUCAAUUC